AUGGCUCACCACGAUGAUGUUGAUGUGAAGACAGAAUCGGUGGCAGACGCGGUAACAGACAUGAAGCUGGAGCGAGAGGACUCGGAAGAGGGUGUGUCCCUCAACGGCAAGGCCUCUAGCAACGGGGAGGCCAACGGCACUCCCGCCACACCUGCCAAGUCAGCAGCUUCGUCUCCUCCAGAUAGGCCGUCUUCUGCCCUGAAAGAUGAGGAAUCCGAAGAAAAGGUUGGAGGGGAUAUCACCGUCAAGCAAGAACCAGGCCAACCUCCCAAGCUGGCUCGUUCUGCUACCAAGAAAGUUGUCCCCAGGAAACCUCAGAUGUUCGACCAUCUCCCUGACAGCACUGCAGAGGCUACUGCUCUUUUCCAGGUGAUAGAUGCAUGCACAUAUUCGAAUAAGAAUAUGGGCUACACGGACCAUGCUAUGGAAUGUGACUGUGCUGAAGAGUGGAAUCCCAAGACAGGAAUAAACGAGGCCUGUGGGGAAGAUUCAGACUGCAUAAACAGAGCUACAAAGAUGGAAUGUGUUGAUAAUUGCGGCUGUGGUGACAACUGCCAGAAUCAACGCUUUCAAAAACGACAGUAUGCCGAUGUGACAGUUAUUAAAACAGAGAAAAAGGGAUUUGGUCUACGAGCAAACACCGAUCUGCGACCCAACGACUUUAUCUACGAAUAUAUUGGCGAAGUCAUCAAUGAACCGCAGUUUCGGAAACGUAUGAUGCAGUAUGACGAUGAGGGUAUCAAACAUUUCUAUUUCAUGUCCCUCAACAAGGGCGAAUUCGUCGAUGCAACAAGGAAAGGAAACCUAGGCCGCUUCUGCAAUCAUUCCUGCAAUCCAAACUGCUACAUCGACAAAUGGGUCGUUGGAGAAAAGCUUCGCAUGGGCAUAUUUGCUGAGAAACACAUCAAAGCCGGCGAAGAAUUAGUCUUCAACUACAACGUUGACCGCUAUGGUGCUGAUCCACAGCCAUGCUAUUGUGGCGAAGCUAACUGCCUUGGCUAUAUUGGUGGGAAGACACAGACAGAACGAGCAACGAAGCUAUCGAAUGCCACCAUUGAGGCAUUGGGAAUUGAUGAUCUGGAUAGCUGGGAUACCGCUCUUCCAAAACGGCCCAAAAAGAAGAAGACCGCUGAAGACGACGAAGAAUAUGUCGACCGAUUCCAACCCAAGUCGCUGGAUGAAGAGGGUGUCACGAAGGUUAUGGCAACUCUCAUGCAAUGCAAAGAGAAAUGGAUUGCUGUAAAGCUCUUGGGCCGUAUGCAGCGCUGUGACGAUGAACGGGUCAUCAACAGAAUUGUGAGGAUGCAUGGUUACCAGAUUCUCAAUUCCCAGCUUAGUGCUUGGAAAGAAGACUUCAACGUCGUGCUGCAAAUUCUCCAAAUCUUGGAUAAAUUCCCACGGCUUACACGAAAUAAGAUCAUUGACUCCAAAAUUGAGACCACUGUUAAGCCAUUGACCGAGUGUGGUGAAGAGCGCGUUGAAAAGCAAGCUGCUUCGCUACUCGAGACUUGGUCGGCGCUGGAAGUUGGUUACCGAAUUCCUAGAAUGAAGAGAGACCCUGCACUUACAGCCAAUAUACCUUCCGCAAAACAAUUCGAGCGUCGAGAAGUAAUGCGUGAGCGUGAAGAUCGCCCUCGAAAAUCAGCGUCUGAGUCUCGGGAUAAAUCUCCAAAAUCACCUUCGGUUGAUCCUACCAGAGUCGCCCCUCGAGGCCCCGCAGCACAUGGUAGGGGUGGAAAGAGCCACAGGAAUUCAUACCACCAAGGCCCACGACCGUUCCGUCGACCGUUUAACCCGCUCCCUUCAGGAUGGUUCGCUGCAGAAGCUAAUGGGAAAACAUACUACUACUCUGCUCGGGGAGAUACUACUUGGGUGAGACCAACAGCACCUGCGCCACAACCACCACCCCCGCCGAAGCCCGAGUCAAAGGAUAAGACAUUGCAAGACAUUAUCGAUGGGAUAAUGAAUUCAAAAGAGGAUACCCCGAAAUCUAAGGAUAAAGAAGUAUCCGCUACUCCAGCAACUCCCGCUGAUGUUCCUCAAAAGAAGGAACAUAAACCAAAAUGGAAAUCAUUAAGUGAAGAGAAGCAGAAGAAGAUCUAUGAAAACACACUCUUUCCUCAUGUCAAGUACGUUGUGGAUAAAUUUAAAAAUAAGCUUCCCAAGGAUGACCUGAAGCGCUAUGCAAAGGAGGUUGCCAAAAAGCUUGUGAACUCUGAUUUCAAAAAUAACCGUGUGACUGAUCCUACUAAAGUCAGUGAGAAGCAAAUAAAGCAAGUGAAGAAGUUCUGCAAAGAAUACUUCGAGAAGGCGGUUGUGAAGCACCAAGCCUACGAGAAGAAGAAAGCAGAACACAAAAGAAAACACAGCAAGCCGUCGGGCAGCAUUUCUAAUUCUAAGGAGCCGGCCAUCCCACCUCCUACUGACAAAGCUGAUGAGAGUGAUGCUGCUGAUGAUGAUGUCAACUUGUCGGACAAUGAUGAGCCUAUCCAAGAUGAUGUCCAAUGUUCGUCACCUAGGGAAGAUGAAUCAAUGACACCAGGGGGGAGCCUAAAGAGAAAACGUGACAUUGAUGAGACAGUUGAAGAAGAGGAUAACGACACCAAACACGAUGGUUCCUCGUUAUCGAAACGGCAGCGUUCCGAAUCCCCACCUGUUCCACCACCUCCUCCACCCCCGAUGAGUCCUGAUAACUCAAUGGAAGUAGAUGACAUAGACGGGGGUUUCAAGAGAAAGAUGGACGAAGAAUUUGAACUUGAGGAUGAAAAUACCCCUUGCUCAAGGUCACCGGGAAAGUACAAUUCCCAUGGAUCAUCGCCCCCACCUUUUCCUCCCCCUCCUCCAUUGCCAGCCGAUAUGCCUGAUCGGAGCAUCGAUCCAUACAGAAAUGAGCAAAGCAACAUGGAUGACGAAACCCCCUGA